CACAUCUUGCCACUGUCAAGUGACCACUUGAUAAUGGCCGAAGAACAAGACGGUCCUGAGACGCCCCCGCUCGUCGCCGAUGAUAAUGCUGUCCAAGACGCGUUCGAUGAUGGCGACUCGGCCCUUGGAGACGAUGCCGGGAGUGAUACUACGUCUUUGAGAUCAAGCAUCUUAAAGUAUCGCGAGGAGAAUGGUAGGACAUAUCAUGCGUACAAGGAUGGCGCGUAUGUCCUACCCAAUGACGAGACCGAGAACGAGCGACUAGACCUUCAGCACCACUUAUUCCUUCUUACUUUCGAUGGAAGGCUUCAUGCAGCCCCUUUGCCCAAGAAGCUCCGCCGCGCGUUUGAUGCCGGAUGUGGCACAGGUAUCUGGGCCAUCGAGUUCGCGGACGAGCAUCCCGAGUGCGAAGUUACUGGCGUUGAUCUGAGCCCGAUCCAACCUACAGCUAUCCCUCCCAACGUUUCUUUUUACGUAGAUGAUUUAGAGGAACCUUGGGGCUACUCAACCAAGUUUGACUUUGUCUUUGCUCGCUUUCUAACAGGAUCGAUUCGUGACUGGCCCAAGUUUUUCAGGCAGUCAUGGGAGAACCUGAGCCCGGGUGGCAUAAUUGAACUCAUCGACAUCAUCUAUCCCCUUACGUCCGAUGACGGCACGCUCGCUGAAGACUCGGCGCUAUAUAAGUGGUCAACUCUGCUGUCGAGCGCCUUCACUGCCAACGGCUCUCCUAUGGACAGCGCGCUGAAGUACCAGGAACAACUCAAAGAUACUGGCUUUGUCGACAUCCACGUGGUGAAGCGCAAGUGGCCGCUGAAUCGUUGGCCCAAGGACCAGAAACACAAACAAAUCGGAAUUUGGGCGCAUCAGAACACCAUGGAUGCCCUGUCGGCGUUGAGCCUGGCUGUGUUUACGCGCCCUAAAGGUGGAGGUGGUCUUGGCUGGAGCAACGAGGAACUGGAGGUGUUCCUGCCUGCCGUCCGUAAGGAUAUAAGGAACUUGAAUAUCCACUCGUACUGGCCAAUCUGGUCAGUAUACGCUACGAAACCAGAGUCACAGUAG